AUGGACGUAAACACCAAGAUUCUGCUUACCACUGUCUAUGUUGUUCUCAUGGCGCUCAAAUCAUUUGGCCAAUGGAAUAGAUACAUCCAAAGAGGUAUUGCUCAUGAAUUUGACGGAUUCGAUCAAGGAAAAUAUUUGGGUCACGCCCUCCCGUAUUCCCAAAUAAAUGGUCAGGGUUACAAUUUAGGAUGGAACGGAUACCAUGGAGGAAACAGUUUUAACCCGUAUCAAAAGCUAGGAUACGGAUAUCAAAACCAAGGAUACAGUGGAGGCAUAGGAUUCGCAGAUGGUGGUCAAUUAUUUGGUCUUCAGCAACCAGUAAAUUUCAUUGGUAAUCAUCAAAGAUUUAGGUUAUAA